AUGAAGGAGCAGCACGUUCGUCGACGCUCCGAAGAGCUAGUGUACGACGUUGCCGUGCACGAUAUUAUCAAAGAAGGCAACCUCGGGACCCUGGUAGAUCAUCUGACAGACCCGGAAAGGAGCGAGCCGACGUUUAGCGAUGUAUUCUUCCUGACAUACAGCACCUUCACGACGGCCUCGGAGCUCUUCACCAUUCUAGUUGAACGUGCCAGGGAGACGCAGUUUGAUCAGCGAUCCCAGGAAGUCAUACGGACCCGCACCAUCGCGGCCCUGACGAGCUGGUUCGAACGAUACUGGGGCGAGUCCAAUAGUCCAGAGACUACUCAAGAGCUUCGUCGCAUGCAUGGGCAGGUUCAACAAUGCUCAGAGAUUAUGGACAAUGCGGCCUCGUCCCGGCUGCUGGCCGCCAUGGAACAACGACUGACCGGUAAUGAGCCCACUCGACGGGUCGUGACGCCGCCGUCCAACACACAACCCCCGUCCCCGAUCACGCCCAAGAGUAUGAAGAAGAUGAAGCUGGGAGAAAUUGAUCCCACCGAGAUGGCCCGUCAAUUGACAAUCCUGGAGUCGCAGCUGUACUGUCGAAUACGACACCUGGACUGGCUGAACAAGGCGUGGACCACAGAGGCCCACACAGGAAUCAAUGCCAUGAUUCUACAUUCGAACCAGCUGGCCAACUGGGUAGUGGAGGUCAUCCUGGGACAGUGUGACAUGAAACGGCGAGUGGGCAUGAUGAAAUAUUUUAUUCAAGUAGCGGAGAAAUGCCGUGAGUUGAACAACUACGCGACCCUAAUGUCCAUCAUCUCCGGCCUGGGUACAACCCCCGUUUUCCGGCUGUACCUGCAUUGGAACCAAGUCAGUCGGAAGGCAAUGGCCUCAUUGGAGAAUCUGCGACAUCUCAUGUCCAGCGAGAGGAACUUCGUUCGAUACCGGGAAAGCUUGAGAACGUCCCCGCCACCAUGCAUCCCGUUUAUUGGUAUUUUUCUCACCGACCUCGUCUUCCUCGAGGACGGAAUUCCCAACCAGACGCCCUCAGGGGUUAUCAAUUUCGGCAAACGCGCAAAAGUCGCGGAAGUGCUGCGCGAGAUCCAGCACCACCAACGCACACCCCACUACUUCCUCCCCGUCCCCGAGCUUCAGGACAUGAUCCAGAAAGGCCUACAGAACGCAGGAAAACUGGAUGACACGUAUGACCAGAGCUUAGAGAUCGAGCCUCGGCGACAAGGCGAGGAGAACUUGCCCGGGAGGGAUCGAUAUGCGGCGACCGGGUCACAUAUGACCAGUGUCCUGAUUGCCAGUAUGGCUAUGCGGUAG